AUGGCAUUACGCGCCGCUGAAUGGCACAAGUUGCCUACAAGCCUCACUGAGCUAUGUAUCAACACGACUUUGCGAUGUGGACAAUCAUUCAGAUGGCGCAAGUCAGCUGAUGACGUGUGGUCUAUGGCUCUCCAUGGUCGCAUACUGUCCCUCCGUCAGGAUGCCGAAUAUCUCCACUACCGCGCCACCUACCCACCUGCCACCACCGCUCUCCCUACGCCACCUCCUUCCAAAGCGCCCUCAGUCGCCCCCGAGGAAGACGAUACUGCUGCUCUUAUCAAGCACUACUUCAACCUCGCGCCCAAUCUUGGCCAGCUGUACGAGCAAUGGGCAGCCUCCGACGCCAACUUCAAGAAGCGCGCACCCAAGUUCACGGGUAUCAGGAUCCUGCGACAAGAUGCUUGGGAGGCCCUCAUCUGCUUCAUAUGCAGUAGCAACAACAAUAUCAGUCGCAUAUCGGGCAUGGUACACAAUCUAUGCUUGCACUACGGACCACAUAUAGGCACCAUCGACGACAUACCCUACCACGACUUCCCCACACCCGACGCCCUCUCGGGCCCCGACGUCGAAGCGCAUCUCAUGAAGCUUGGGUUUGGAUACCGCGCCAAGUAUAUUGCAAAGACUGCGCGGAUGGUUUCCGAGGACAAGGGCAUGAAGUGGUUGGAGGACCUGAGCAAUCCCGAGUGUCCGCAGUUUGGCAUGGAAGAGAAGCCCGCCGGAGAGAUGCUCGAAGGUGGUCGAGAAGGAUACCGUCAAGCGCACGAAGAGCUUCUUGCUCUCCACGGCGUGGGUCCAAAGGUCGCAGACUGUGUGUGUCUCUUCGGACUCGGCUGGUCCGAGUCUGUUCCCGUCGACACCCAUGUCUGGCAGAUUGCGCAGAAGGACUACAGGUUCGGCAAGGGCAAGCACAGCAGCUUGACCGCUGCUACAUACGCUGCCAUUGGAAACCUCUUUCGGAAGCUGUGGGGUAAAGAAGCUGGAUGGGCGCAUUCCGUCUUGUUCACGGCGGACCUCAAGGCAUUCUCAGAUCGGGUUGUCGCCAAGGUUGAGGUCAAGGAGGAAGAGGUGACAAUAAAAAAGGAGGAAGAGGACGUUGUUCUCGAAGAGACAGUCAAGAAGGAGGUUGUCAAGCGGAAGCGUAUCAAGAAGGAGCCCGAGGAGGAGCCGACUGUGAUGGUGAAAAAAGAGGGAACUCGCAGGAGCAAACGACAAAGAACUUAG